GACGCAGCAGAAGCACAUCACAAGGCCAUUGGGAGCAUCAGCGGGCCAAAUGGUGUGACUUCGCGCGCUGACUGGGAUGCGGUGAAUGCAGCCAUUGGCCGUGUUGUCGCUUCGGUCCCCAAAGCAAAGGUCAUGGCCGUUUACGAUUCAGUAACAGCCAUCACGGACCCCGGAGUGCCAGCGUACAUGAAGUCCUUGGUGAACGGACCCGAUGCCGAGAAGGCCUACCAAGGCUUGGUCAAGGAUUCCUGGAAUUCAAGGAUGUUGUUGAAAAGAACCAGGUGGCCACGGCCAGUGCUCCUGCAGUUGUGCCUUCUGGAGACAAAAUUGGUGAAGCUGCAAAAGCCUUGUCCGAUGCAUCCUACCCUUUCAUCAAGGACAUUGAUUGGCUGUCAGACAUUUACUUGA